UUGAUAAAUCCGAAGUCAAAGACUCAAGCCACUGUGUAACACAUUCAGUGGGUGACCUUCAAAGCCUACAGGCCCCAAAAACAAAAGAAAGAUCUAAAAGAGGCAACAACUUCAAAACUGAAACAAAAUGAACAGGCUUUCGGGUCAGGAAAGAUAGAGACGAGCAGGCUCUAACCAUGCGGAAACUUUGGCUCGAUAGUCAAGAAAUAUCUCGUUCAAAAUUGUAGUCAUUCUUUUCCUUGAACCCAGAAGAACACUAUCUUCGGUCUGUCUAUUAAACCGGCCCUCUGUCUAUUGACUCAGAUUCCCUGAGAAACAUGUGACCUUGAUUUGGUUUUCUCUGUCAUCUGUUUCAGACAGAAUUAAAUAUACACAUCAUCUCCCGAUGAACGCCAAGGGUGACUUUGAAGUAUAUUUAAAUCCAUUUAUUUUUAAUUGAAGUAGCGACAAGACUACUUCUAACAGUGCAAUAAUGGUGAGGUGGUAUUUUGAAGCAGCCGCUUUCAAUGGACUCAAAUGUUUCAUUUUCUUUGUGUGUCUAAGCUUUGGUUAUGCUCAUCCAGACAUUUAUAAAGUGAGACCAGGUGGAAGUAGAGACAUCCAACCAUAUACCUGCCAUGACCCAGCAACAAAAGAAGAAGGUGUGUGUAUGUUUUCAUGGAACUGCCAAAGAUCAAAUGGAACUCAUUUGACAUACUGUAUGGACAGAUUUUACUUCGGCAGUUGUUGCAAGCUCCCUCCGGGGGUAUAUGUUGCAACACCUUCUUCGAUAGACUCUAAUGAUGUCACAGAAGUUCAAUCAUUUAAACAAAAACCAACACAGUUGCAAACACAAAAACACAGUAGUUAUACGACAGAAUCUUCUGAACGCCAAUCAACCUCUAGAAUUCCAUCUAAACCAGUUAAAGCUUCCAGUACAGAAUUUCCUCCUGGUCUUGUAACAUGGAGGCCUCACGCGUCCCCAUCCACUACUGUAAAGCCCAUCAAAGUAAAGCCAACGAAGCUGUUUUCAACUAAACCUUUGUUUGCAAGCACUGUCGAUGACCAGAAAGUAGACAACAGAAUUAAAAAUGAAACAGCGCACACAAGUGCUAAGGAAGCUUCGAGUUCAACCUCGAUUCCGAAAAGACGAACUAGGCCAACAAGACCCAGUGGAUCUACCAGUAAAAGAAGGACGAGACCAACAAGGCCUCUAUUAAGUUCGAGUACAACUGCAACAAUUACUAGAAGAAAAACUAGACCUACACGGCCUCAUACGACAUCAACUACACCUUUACCAGUUUCUAGCACACGUAGAUCAACUAUCGGAACUUGGUCGAAUAUUUUGGAGGGAAGUACUCGUCCUCUUCCUAUAACCAAAAGAACAACAAUUCGAAAUUCUAUUAGCUAUCCAAAAACCACUCCAACUGUUGAGUACAGCACAAGAAACAUCUCGAGACCUUUGCUUGUUACUGUUUUAAAAACAAAGCCAACAAAGCCUUCUACCGUUACAACUCCGAGAACAAAACCAUCUAAACCUUCAACGGUAACAACUCUGAGGGUAAAGCCGACUAAGCCUUCAACAGUUUCAACGUUAAGGGCUAAACCAACACGUCCAACACCACCUAUUAAAGUAAAACCUACAAAACCUAGUACUUCUCAAACUGAUUCCUUGCCAUCAACGAGGUAUAGCAGCAGAAAACCAAUUGAAUCGACUUAUUAUGAAUCAACAAUAGAGAUAGUAACUUUCCCGCCUUUUCCUGGCAUGACGAAAACGACAAAAACAACUCAGUCAACAACUACUACAACUCCUAAACCUCGUCGAACUAGCUUGAGACCUAAGCCUACAACUCCACCACCAACCAGACCUAGUACUACCACAUCAACUCUGCCACCAACUGAUCAAUCAACAACUCCGAAAAUAGUUCCAGGAUUGGAGUAUACAAAAGCUGACGUCACUGAUACUCAGACCUCUACCACAGAGGAAAUUCAGACAACUGCUGAAGCAAGUGACGAACUAAUAACAACAACAAUUAAUCCAAUUAUUGCUUUAACUACUAAACUGAAUGAAGACACGACUGAGAACGGGUUUACUAUCCCUAACUUAAAUCUAAAUGAACGGAACUCUGUUGCAUAUCGACCACAAAUAUUGUACGACGCGAAUGGUCAUGAAAUUAUGCACCAAGAAGAGGUUACAGUUGAAGGCGUGAAAAAAAUUUCCAGCAAAAGUCCUUUGGUGAGUAUAAAUCCAGUUACAGAAACUUCAGAUCUACCCUUAUCGACAAUUGUUAAAGAAUUUUUAAGCAACCUAACUUUUCCGGAAGAGUUAGUACCCACAGAAACAAAGGAUUCAUUAAGCCUAACUAAUAUUCCAAAUGACGCAUCAAAAGUAACAUUUGAUAAUAUGUUAACGGAAGCAAAUAAUUUCAGAACUCAUACAACAAAUUUUGAAACGACUUUUGAAGAUUUAACAAAGUACACGACAACAGUAUCUAGUCAUAUUGAGUUUGUUGAUACUGCUGAUCAGAAUGAAACAACAGUUGUGGAUACGGUUACACUAACAAACUUUGAUAGUUCAACCAAAACAUUGCCAUCAUCAGUUCAUGAGGAAAACUUGGUGUCUAUGGAGAAAAAUUGGGAAGAAGAUACUCUUCCAGAAACUUCUCACAAAACUAAACUGACGUCACCAAGUAGCAAUACCAUAAGUUUAAAAAACACUGAAUAUAUAACAUCGUCUACAAUUGUUGAUAUUGACAUAUCAACUAUUCAUAAAGAAAUGCUUGAAACAACCCAAAAAGAAAAGACUAAAACACAGCCUCAUGUUUCACUAAAGAAUAAGUUUAACAAUUACACUACUCCACUGCCAGUUGCUAUUUCGUCCACUCUUAAAAGUAGCGUAACUGGGCCAAAUCAAAUGAAAAAUCACCAAAAGAAUAAACCUUCUAUUUUCUUAGCAGAAUCGAGCACCAUUUCAUCUGCGACUGAUUUACUUUCUACCACAGCUGACAUUCUAGUUGAUAAUACAGGCUUUUCAAGUUCAGAAAAUGUAUCUGCACCUACUGAUCUUGUUUUAGAUAUUCACUUUAGUGCAGAAAAUAACUCUGACUAUAAUUAUUAUAUUUACGAAUAUUAUGAUGAUUAUGAAGAUUACACUUUAAAGCACAAUGAGAGUUCAGUUGAAGAUCCUACUACCAUAUAUUCAGAAAACUCAAAUGAACUAAUCGCUAUAUCUGAUACAAUAAACGAGGAAACACAUGCCGUGACUGAAUCCCAACAAGAAGAUACCACUCAAGUAUUGGUAACAUCUAGUCAUAACAUUUUAGGAAACAAAAAUAAAAUAAAACCAAUAUUUUCUUCAAUUCCCAAUGAAGGAAAAUUACCAGUCACAACAAAAGACAAAAUUUCUCCCAAACCAAAUGCUUCUGAAGUUGUUGAAAAUUUGCCAAACUCCUCCCUCACUACAAAAGUAAAAGUUCCUGCGAAACAAAAUGCCUCUGAAGUUGCUGAAACCGAAUACAUACCAUAUUCACCUCUCACUACUAAAGACAAAACUUCUUCCAAACAAAAUGCUUCAGAAGUUGUUGAAAAUUUGCCAAACUCUCCGCUUACUACAAAAGCUAAAGUUCCUGCGAAACAAAAUGCUUCUCAAGUUGUUGAAAAUUUGCCAAACUCUCCUCUUACUACAAAAGUUAAAGUUCCUGCGAAACAAAAUGACUCUGAAGUUGCUGAAACCGAAUACAUACCAUAUUCACCACUCACUACUAAAGACAAAACUUCUUCGAAACAAAAUGUUUCUGUUGUUGAGGACAAAAUAUUACCGAAACCACCGACAUCUACAAAAGACAAAAUCUCUGCUAAGCAUAAUGCUUCUGUUGUCAUAGAAAAUGAAGAUUUGCCAAAACUACCGUUCAUACCAAAAGACAAAAUUUCUACUGAACAAAAUGUUUCAGUUGCUGUGGAGGACAAACAUUUAUCAAAAUUACCGCUAACUACAAAAGACAAAAUUUCUUCAAAACAAAACACUUCUGAAGUUAUUGAAAAUGGAAAUGUCCCGAAAUUGCCCGUCACAACAAAAGAUAAAUAUUUUUCCAAACAAAAUGUUUCUAUAGUUGUUGAUAGCGAACAUUUGCCCACCCCGCUUUCCAUCAUUCAAACUACUCAGAAUUUUGUCAAAGUAACUGUGCCAUCUACUCUCUCAAGUAAUAUAGAAAGUGACAAAAAAACUACAAUCGUUACCAUUGACAAUCAUAAGCCAUCUUCAGAUUCCUUAAAAAGGCCCAUAAAAAGACCCAUUAAAAGACCUGGUUUUGCAAAACCUUCAACUAUAAACGUUAGUGAAGUAACAAAAUCAUCUGCGGAAGUGUCUGACUCUUCAACACAAACAGAUGAAAAGUAUAACGCUUACACUAUCAUUGCCAAUCAACAACCUUCAACAAGUGCUGUUUCAUCAUCUGAAACUGACACUGAAAUGAUUAUUGACAGUUCAACUGAGGAUAAAGACUCAAGUUAUGACCCUUAUACUAUUAUUUUAAAUCAUCAACAUUCAACUAAUACUGCUUCAUUACCUGAAAUUGAUACUGACGCAAAGAUUGAAAAUAAUUACUCAAAUUAUGACAGUUAUACCAUCAUUUCAAAUCAUCAACCUUCAACGAUAGCUGAUACAGGCACUGAUACUAUGACAAACAGCAAUACUGAAAAUAGUGACAAUACGAUGCCAACAAUAAAGUAUCCAUUCCCAACGAUACUUAUGAGGGAUACUACAAAGCAUCCUGUGAGUACAGAAAUCGAAAUUGUUACUCUACCAAACAAAGUGCCAAAUUCUGAUAAAGUUAGUUCCUUUCCAACUCAUACUAGUUACAUUUCAACAGUAGCUGGAAGCUAUGAUACAUUUUCUGAUUCCGAUUCGAACACUAUUUUAACAGAAAAUAUCUCAGAUAUGACUGAAACGAAUGAAUUGGAAUCAGUAAACACUGAUUAUACAAACGAUAGGGAUACAGAAAACUUAGGAAAUUUUACAACAGAGACGUUAAGUUUUACAACAUUGUCACAAAAUACGUCUCAGGAAAUUAAUACUGAUACGGAAAGCACAAAACUUGAUUUGCUCCCAUCGUCAACCCUCGUACUUGACACUACAACAAUCGAAAGUGUCACAACAACAAGAAUUCCAACCACUGAAAUUGACCUCGAAACAGCAGAUUACAAAGAAGUAUGUGGACGCCCCAAACCUGGUCCUGUUGGACGAAUAGUAGGUGGUGGUAAUUCUUACUUUGGAGAAUGGCCUUGGGUGGUCUCUUUAAGGCAAUGGAAGAAAAAUGCUUUCCUUCAUAAAUGUGGCGCCACACUUCUUAACGAAUUUUGGGCUAUCACGGCAGCACAUUGCGUUGAAAAUGUGCCUUUGACGGAUAUACUUCUUCGUCUUGGAGAAUACGAUAUCAGUCAUGAAAAUGAACCACUUCCAUUUGUUGAGAGACGAGUUCAGAUCGUUGCAUCCCACCCACAGUUCGAUAGAAGAACGUUCGAAUACGAUUUGGCUUUGCUGAGAUUCUAUGAACCUGUCACAUUCCAAAGGAAUAUCCUGCCUAUAUGUGUUCCAGCAGGAAAUAACACAUACGUCGGCAAAUACGCUACAGUUACCGGCUGGGGACGCCUUUAUGAAGAUGGUCCCCUUCCUGAUGUUAUUCAGGAAGUUUCUCUACCAGUAAUAACAAACAAAUUAUGUGAGAGCAUGUACAGACAAGCAGGAUUCGUCGAAGAUAUUCCUGAUAUCUUUAUCUGCGCAGGAUAUGCUGAUGGAGGCAAAGAUUCGUGCGAGGGAGACUCUGGAGGACCAAUGGUUCUCCAAGAAGAUGAUGGUCGUUGGGUUUUAGCUGGGGUAAUAUCUUGGGGUAUAGGGUGUGCUCUACCAAAUCAACCUGGAGUCUACACAAGAAUAACAAAAUUUUCGGAAUGGAUCAACCAGAUCAUUAUUUUCUAAGCCAAUUCUACGAAACUGAUCUGUCGAAUUUAUGACAAAUGAAUUACUUAGACUAGGAAUAGAGCGUAGGAAUCCUAUAUAUGUAUGAAUUACACAACUGUGUAAUUUUAUUUUUUAUAUAUGAUUGAAAUAUUUUACAUUUAAAUAGAUUUAUAGGUAGAGCGAUUAAUGAGUGAAAUAAUUUUUAAAAAAAUCUAUUUUCUAAUGCAUAUGAACAUUCUUUUUGUAUAGUUAUGAAAACUGAGUAUCAUAGACACUAAGUAUUAUAGAUAUUGAAACUGAAUAUUAUAGAAUGGUUUAUAUGCUAUGGGAGAUUGUUAUGUGUAUAAAAUGGUGAUAUUUCACGAAUGGUUGUUGCGUUAAUGUAUAUUAAAAAUAUAUGUGUAUAUUUAUUUAUGAAUGAAUUUUCAUGGAUUUGUUCAGUGGACUCUGGAUUGUUCUAACAGGAAAUGGGAAUACAGAUUUUAUUUGAAUGCCAAAGCAGAAAAAAAAUUGAAUAAAAUCUUGCCAAGAUUACUUGUGUGAUAUGUGAUAGUAUAUAAAUUAGU